AUGCGCCGUCUUCUUCAUGGUAAUAUGGCGACGCCGGGUGCGGCUGGGGUUGGCGCUGGUACUACUCCUGCGGGUAGGACGGUGAGGCGUAGGCCGGUGGCGAGCAGCACACCCGUACGUGAGAGCGAAGAGAAGAAAGAAGAUGAGGUCAAGGAAGAGGAGAAAGAAGUCGAGCCCGCGCCGAAGGAGACUACUGCGUCUGCACAGAAGUCGUCAGCGAAGAAGCGCUCGAUCAGGAAGAAGCCUGUCGUUCUUGACAGUGAGGUCGACGAACUUUCUUCCGAAGACGACUUCGAGCCAGACGAUCACUCACCUACACCGAGCAAGAAGCGCAAAACUGAACUCACCUUCGCCGAGAGCGCCCUCGCUACCGCUACCCGGACACCACCUGCCACACGCGCGACUCGACGAUCAACCACCGCUCCAACUUAUCAGGAUCCGCCGUCCCCGCACUCUGACCCGGUCGACAGCAGUGUGCGCAGCGGCGGUCGGUCAAACGGCUACCUAGGCGGCGAGUACAAGGGCGAUCCAAACCUCUACGAUGCUGCCAUCGGACCCUACGACGAGCCAUUGUUGAGUCGCCAGAACCCCGUCCUGUCGAACCCUGCCUCGAGGAUCCCCGAUAUCAUCAAGCGAGGUGGUGUACCAAGGCCACAGGGCGAGACGUACAAGUACAUCCAGAAGCAUCUCCGUGAGAAGAUGGGACUGGAACAGACAGGCGAGACAACUGGAGAGGAGACCGUGGCUUCCUUGGCUGAGCAGAGCGUAAGUAACAAGUAUAGAGCUGUGAUCGACCACGAGAAAGCUGACACAACGAAGAACGAGGCUGACCGGGCUGCCAACGAAUGCACCGUUGGCGCUUUCGUAGAGCAGAUGGCAACCAAGUAUCUCAACGCCGAGACCAUGGACGGGGACGAUAACAAGGCCCUCUUCAACGCCAUGGAGAGCGCCGCGUUGGUCUGGGGCAAGAAGACGUUCAAAAAGCUCGAUCCGGAGAAGCAGCGCAUGGUGCAGCCGGGCUUGAAGUUGCGUCUUGACUUCAUCGACGAGAAGUUUCGGGAGGAGUUGGCCAAGUUGAUGGAUGAGCGCGCUGGCAGUAUGCUUGCGGAGUUGGGUGUGAGUGACGAGAAGCCUGCGACUGGUCCUCCUGACUUGCUGUUUAAGGCUGUCUAG